AUGGAAAGAAAAUUAAGAUUUUUGGAACGAGAAAUUAAGAAAGAUGCGAUUCCAAUGCUGGAUACUGGCGAGAAUCCGGAUGCACCUCAACCACGAGAAAUGAUCGACUUAGAGGCGACAUUCGAAAAAUUAGAAAAUGAAUUGCGUGAGGUGAAUCAAAACGAGGAAAUGCUCAAGAAGAACUUCUCCGAGCUAACCGAACUGAAACACAUUCUGCGUAAAACACAACAAUUCUUCGACGAGGUAUCAUCAUUUCGUUUGUUUACAUCGAUUUAUUCACAUCAAUCACACUUUUCGAAAAUAGCCAAAAGUUGA